CAUUCAGAACAGAUUAUACGAGAUUUCAUUGAAUAAAUUUGUUUCUUGAUAGAGAAUUCUCAGCAUGUGUGCCUUAGAUCUGUUUGAAAAAUUGGAAAUUAUAUAUCUAAGAAAACUGAAAUGUUAGUGUUCUUUUGAGGUUACAGAAAAUCGAUUGUCCUUCAUUUGCUGACUUUCAAACCCCUUGAAAAUUGGUUCAGACUGUUUUGGUCAGGGUGUUGCGAGUUUUAUUUCAAACGAGGUGUUUAAGAUACACUACCCGAAAAUUGUGAAUUGAGGGAUUGCUUUUGAAUGGAUUUUUGGUUCUACGAUGGACCAAGAGGUUCUCUCAGAAGAUUGCGGUCACAAUUGGCAGAAGAUGGAUGUCCUGAAUCUCAAGUGGUUUUGGCAAAGCAAUUGUUGGAAGAGCAGUGUGAACUCGACGUCGACAAGGAAGAAAAUGCGAAGUUGGGAGUUUAUUGGUUGACAAAAGCUUCUGAACAGGGGAAUAUAGAAGCGACCGACAUUCUUAAAAAGUGUUUAGCUACUGGUCGUGGAAUCACCGAACAUAAUUAUUAUGACGUGAAAAGCUGCUUAGACAUGUCGCAAGAUGAGAAACUAGCCAGACGUGCGGCCAGGGAAAUGUUCAACAGUUUAUCGAAUGGAGAAGACUUCAUAACAACUGAACAGCUCCAGAGAAGAAUGAGAGACCUGACUUUUCCAUCUACAAGUAGAGGAAAAUUGUAUUCAAGCUCUCGCUCAAACUAUUCUUCCAAUUCGCAAAAAUCCUUAAAAGACAGUUUGGGCGAUACUUUUCCUGGGGAUGGUCUUCCAGAAAAUUCCAAUGUGCAAAAGGACGAAGACGCUGAACGGUUUGGUGAUUCAGUUGCAGACUGGUCAGAUCAUCAAGGAGAAAAGAUAACAGAAUCUGUUCUGGUAUCAGCUGCAGCGAGUUAUGCUCGAGGUCUUCUUCCAAUCGUUUCAAACGCCCUCUGUCUUGUAGAUUCAACCCAAAUGGAACUAGAAACAGUUCCCUUACUCCAGAGACCUUUCGUUCAUCCCCUAGCUUCACUGAAACGUCUCUACUCUUGGCUCAUCGAUACUUUAGGCAGAAAAUCAAUGCCAUUGAGAAAACUAUUCUUCACGACACACGUUCACACAUUGCUUCUACUUCUCCUCUAUUCAAUGUUCGGAACCGAAAGUCUCAUACUUUUUGUCCCCAUGGCUCUCUACUACCUCUCGUUCAUCGUCAUGGUGGUUUCCACUUUCCAAAUGUUGCAACGGAAACGUGAACUCACAGAUUUCCGUCUUUGGUCUGGACUCUUCCUCAGCUAUUCAGGUGGAAAUUUAAACCCAGAAGAAGCGGAAUAUCAAUUCUGUCGCAAUAACUUAAAACCAUACGGUCACUUUUUCCUAGCUCUGCUCCUGAAUCUGAUGAUUUAUCCGAUCAUCGCUCAUCAGUGGACUCCCCAAUCAGAGUUCACUAUCGUCGCUCUUUCGUUGACUCUUGUAACUCUAAUCAAUUUCGCAUGGAAAGAUACUUCAAAAAUGCCGGAUAUAUUAGCUCUCUUUAGUUUUGGAGUUCACGUAUUGGCGAAGUAUCCAUAUGAAACUGACAUUGUUGUUGCUCAGACCUGGAGAUUUUUGGACAUUAGAGUUCCGACUUUUGCAUCCUAUGUUGUUGGAAAUGGAAUCGAGUUUUGUUUGAACUUUCGAGCUGUCUUUUAUCUUUUGAUUCCGGCAGUCUUUGCGAAAAUGGCUGCGCGAGAAGGAUGGAGGGGAACGUACAAAACUUUGAUUCCGCAUUGUGUUACGUUGAGCUGGUGGCAAAUUGCGAUUCUUUCUUCGCAAGGUGCGACCUGGUAUGGAUUGAUUAGAGGGACUCUUGCGUUGGUUGGAAUGGUUCUAUUUCUACCGAUUGCUGGACUAGCUUCCAUUGUUCUCCCGAUUGUGGCGACAGCUAAAUAUCUUUCGGAAAGCGAUCUUGCUAUGAGAAUUGCCCUUACUGCUUUAUUGGGAGGAUUGCCCUUUUUGGCAUCUUGGUAUCUGAGGAAAGUCCGGGCUGCGAAGUUUAACUGGAUUAUCACCUGCAUUCAGCUCGCUCUCGGAUUCGUAGCAGGCAUCUUUCUCUCAUGGCCAGUAAUAGUCGGCUACAAACAAGAAGUUGGCUCAAGUCCCUACGAAAUUAUACCUACUCUCUCCUGGGAACAAUACCAAAACCAUUGUCACCAACCAGCAUGGGAGGAAACAUCCUCAAAAGCUCAGGUACAAGUUUACUGUGCCCACCUUGAAGGAAUCUCAGUUUCUUGGGAAGGCUACGUGACCAAUGUUCGACUAAAAUCAGUGAAAAAUAACGUCGCACUACUAGUAAAUCAACUCCCAGAACUCGUAAGAGUCCCAAUCAGCUGCUUGCUAGGGAAACGAUAUCAGGACGAGGAUUGCAAAUCCGGAAACGACAUGCGCAAAAGCGACUGUCGAACCUUCCUCGAUAUCCAAAAGAGAAAAAACAGAUGUCAUCUCGCAGACUGGGAUUGGUACGAAUUUGAAAUUUCCGUGAAAAUGAAAAGCGGCAUGUGGGGAAGCAAUGCAGAGGUUAUUUUACUAGGGGAUCAAUCAUUCAAGAACUUUAGUUUAAAUAUUUACCCUGGGGAUAAAAUUUGGUUCUCUGGAUCGCUUUUAAAUAGUGGGUUAGAAAGCGAAUCUUUACUGGGAGGUUCGGAACCGCACAUCGAUUUGGAAGAAGCUGGAUGUCUCGCUUGUCACACUAUCGAUUUGAAAUCUUCUAAGCGGUUUAGGUAUCAGAUAAACUUAAAAAAGAUUUUGAAAGAUGUCUUCUUAGGUUUAAAGACUGUUCUGAAUUUCUUGUUCAAUCCCAUAGUGAUAUUUAAAUGAUCGUGUCCUUCGAUCCAGUGUUAUUAAUUCAAAUAGAUAUAAAGUUGGGUGUCAUUUAAUCGUAGAAUCAGAGAACCAAGAAAAUUCCAGACAAAAAACAGAUUCAUGUUCUUGUUUGAUCGAUUAUAGCUUCUAUUCCGAUUGAAAAUUGUUGGAAGCUGUAAGUAAUUUUGUAAUUUAUCCACUGGGCGCGCGCGUUUACCUAAACCAAGGUUUGAACCAGGGACCCGGCCGAAACAAAAUGCUUUCGUGAUUCUCGUUCUAUUUUUAUAUGUACUGCCAAAACGUAACUUGAUUAAGGUUACGUUAUUCAAAAUGCCGAAAUUAUAACGCAUUUUUUUAAUUGCGCGUAAUUGUAAAAAACAGUUUAUUAGAAUCCUUUUGCAUCUUAUGCAAAUAUUAAAAGGCAGAUGGGUAAAAUAUAACGUUAUAACAAUUUCGUUUUUAAUUUUUUUCCAAUCUGUCAAAACGUAACGAAAAGAACACGAGAGAUUCGGUACUUUUUGGAUAACGUCACGAACUGAAGGUUGCGGACCGGUUCCUGGUUUGAACCUCUUCAAACCAGUUCAAUUUUUUGUUACCUUUCACUCAGGCAUUAUAGAUUACAUACUUGUACAUUUAUGAAAAAACGAUAUCAGUAUAUUUAGAAUUCAUCUAUCAUAAUUCUAUUUAAGUGUAUUUUCCUAAGUGUUGCGAACAGGAAAGUAUUGAAAUGAGUCUGAUAUUUUUGUAUUGUGUUAUAAAUAGGACUAAUUACUUAGUUCCCCUUUUUGUUGACAAAACAGGGAUUCAAUUUCUUGAAAUUGGAGUAUACGCUUAGCAUUGUGUCUUAGUCUGUAGAUAAUUUUUUUUUAGAUUAAUUUAAUGAUAACUAUUUUUUUCUUUAUAAUUAAUGUUUAGAGUAUAGGAAAUUCAAUGUCAGGUGCUCUAAUAUUUAAACAUUUGAAAUUUCUGGUGCUUCUAAAGUUAUCAAAUAAAAACUUCAAGCUCUUCCAAAGUUGACGGAUUUUGAAUAUGAACAAUUUUAUUAUAGAAUACUUAUAUUAUUCAGUUCUUGGAAAUAUUGAGAGCUUUUAACUAAACUUUAAAAUUAUAAUUAUUUAGUUGAAUUUUUAGUAAUUUAGAAAAGAAUUGAAGAGCCGAAACUCUGAGUUUAAAUGAAGAACAAAGUCUAUUGACUGGAAAAACUAGAUCUGAAGAUGUUCCUCGAUAUUAGAAACUUAAAGAAAAGUUUCUCCAUAUUAUUUCCAAUUUUGGAAUGUGCUUUAAGAAAAUCCUUUUUGAAAACUAUCAUUUAUUUUUUAUAUUAAAUUUGAUUCAAAAGUUAACAGACUUUGUGAAUUAGAGGGUACAAAACUGUUUUAGCGGUUUUUUAUAGUUUGUAGUGUAGACUAUAAAUUUUAGACUCACUUUCAAAUUGGGAGAUAAAAACACUUGAUUAUUUACAAGAGUGUAAACUUCAGAUAUUUUGAAACCGUGGGACAUUAGAGACCAAAAUAUUAAACAAGAGUCCAGGAAAGGAGUGCCUUGAUGUAUUUAGUUCGUUUAAAAUGGCUUUAUUGUU